AUGGUGCCCAGCCCAGCCCAGUCCGGCCCAGGAGGGAGGAGACGGCCCACCCAGGGAGGGGCAAAGGAGAUGCUCCCUGUUCCCCUGACCCCAACCAAGACCAAAGGCCAUCCGUGCCAGGGCUAGCAGUUACAUCAAGGGCAGAGAGCCCGGAGUGCCAUGAGCGGCAGAGUCGGAGCCCUGAGCCCUCAGCAGCACGAGCUCCUAAUCCAGGUGACUGAGAUGCCAUCCCACAAGAAGACCUGGCAUGGCAUGGCAAAAGGGCUCCUUCUGGGAUGCCUCUUUACUGGCUUUCUGUUGAUGCUCUACUCUCAUGCUAUUGCUUCUUCUCAAACUGCCAUGGCCAAGGCCCCAGAGGCAACCUAUUGUUCCUCUCCACUCACCUUACCUGCAAAUAUCACCAAAGGCUCCUGCCAGCCAAAGUUAAAUGUUGUGUUCCUGAAGACCCACAAGACAGCCAGCAGCACCCUGCUCAACAUCCUCUACCGCUUUGGCCAGAAGCACAACCUCAAGUUCGCCUUCCCUAGCAGAUACAAUGACUUUAAUUACCCGGCCUUCUUCAAGCGCAGCCUGGUGCACAACUACCAGCCUGGUGACUGCUUCAACAUUAUCUGCAACCACAUGCGCUUCUCCUACUCUGAAGUGCAUAGCCUGGUGCCCCCCAAUACUACCUUUAUCACAGUGCUACGGGAUCCAGCCCAUCUCUUCGAGUCAUCCUUCCACUACUUUAGCAUGGUGGUGCCCUUCACGUGGAAGCUCACGGGCCACAACAAGCUGGCCACAUUCCUGCAGGACCCCCACCACUACUAUGACCCCAAAGGCUUCAAUGCCCACUUGCUCCACAACCUGCUCUUCUUCGACCUGGGCUAUGACAAUGGGCUGGACCCCCACAGCCCCCAAGUGGAGGAGCACAUCCUGGAGGUGGAGCAAAGAUUCCACCUGGUCAUGCUGCAGGAGUACUUUGAUGAGUCCUUGGUGCUGCUCAAGGAUCUCAUGUGCUGGGAGCUCGAGGACAUCCUCUACUUCAAGCUCAAUGCCCGUCGGGCCUCCACCAUCCCCAAGCUGACCGGAGAGCUCUACCGGCGGGCCACCGACUGGAACCAGCUGGAUGCGCUCCUCUACCGCCACUUCAAUGCCAGCUUCUGGCGCAAGGUGGAGGCCUUUGGGAGGGAGCGCAUGGCCCGAGAGGUGGCCUCCCUGAGGCGGGAGAAUGAGCGAAUGCGCAGCAUCUGCAUCGAUGGUGGACAUGCAGUGGAUGCCAAGGACAUUGAGAAACCAUCAUUGAAGCCCUGGCAGGCAAUGGGGGCAAAGACAAUCCUUGGUUACAACCUGAAGAAGCACAUCAGUCAUCAGUAUAGCCAGUUGUGCCGGAAAAUGGUGACUCCUGAUAUCCAGUACAUGAGUGAACUUGGGGUCAACCCAUGGGUCACUAAAUUAUGGUGGUACAUCAGGGAAUUGCUACAGAUUUGA